AUGGAUACUAUGGCCACACGUCAGGCAUCACUUGUCGCAUCAGAGCAAGAGCCUGAAGAAGAACAAGAACAAGAAUUGGCGUUACAGACUCAUGGAUUGCCUUUUGAUGCGAAGAAGACAGAGAUUCACGUUAUUAAACGACGAAAUGUUGGUGUUCCAAAGUUUCUUCGAUUUCUUUAUCAAAUACUCGAAGUCGAAGAUCCACGAAUUAUUUCCUGGUCUCAUGAUGGUACAGCAUUUCAGAUUAUUCAACCAGAAGAACUUGCCACUCAGAUUUUACCUCGAUAUUUUAAACACAAUAAAGUCUCGAGUUUUCAGCGACAACUCAAUUAUUUUGGGUUCAAAAAGUGGACGAAGACUCAAACGAACAUUUGA